UUUACAUUACAUAUAUUCUAAUUUCCUUUAAUUAAGUGUACAAAAUGUUAAUCGUAUACAUUUACCAAUAUCUGUGAAAUUGCUUAUUACGAAGCAGCUAUGCUAUUUUGCUUCACUUUGUUCUCGAACCUGGACGAAACCGGCACAUGUUUGUUUUUUUUUAAUUAAAAAGUAAAGAAGAUGACUUUUAUCUUCUCAUUCUGGCACUAAGAAGCGACUCGCUCUGCAGGCGACUUGAAAUAGCCAGUUGCUUAUUUCCAGGCAAUAUAUGUAUGUAUGUAUAAUAUAAUACUAUGGACAUAUUUGCUUUCGGUGUAUCAAUUAACAAUCGGUCUCGUUUCGCGAUACGUUACGGAAAUCGAAGAAUGAUCAGAAAAAAAGCAUCGUUCAGGCCAAGGCGGAAACUAUUGCGCAACAACGAAUCGUUUCUCGAUGAAAGAAACUCAUUCGAUUCACUGUUUCAACGAUCUGUCGAGAUAUUUCACGCUUACCGCCGAAUGGCAAACUACGAUGACAUACGUAGGCAACAGGAAGUUUUGUAUACGUGUUUUGUAAAGCAGCAUUAACCUUUUUGCUCCGAAGAGCGCGAAUAUAUGUAUGUACAUAUCUCCAUAGUAUGUACUUACUUAUAGUACACGUUCUUGACGAGUGGCCGGUAAGAAAAUCUAACCGAACCUAAUAGACCGUCUAAUCACGAUAAGAAAAGAAUAGUUAACCUCGAGAUGUUAACAUUUUAACCUGUUAACUGAACGUACGUGUAAUAAAAGGUAAACGACGAAGAGCUAUUACGUUGUUUCGUAACAGGGUGUCCACGUUGAUUGGUGGUAGUUCUGUUAUUCUUUUAUACGAAAGUAACAAAUGAAACAAUUAGGUUGAAAAAAAAUUUAAUUGGUUACAUCCUUAAUAUAAUUAUUCAGUUAACAGGUUAACGAACGUCUGACUGUCUGUCUGUCUGAACGGAGGUGCAGGGGUAGCGUAGGUGGCUGUAAACGUUGCAUAAAAUAAUUUCUUGAUUAAUCGUUUUCUCUUGAGUGAAUAUGUAAGUUUGUCGUGGAACAGGUUGUUCGAGUUGUUUCAUUUUAUCGAAGAUGAACAGACUGGUUUCACAUUGAACUGGGAAAACGAUAUCGGAGAACCUCUCCGUAGGAAUCCUAAACACGAGCUUAAGUUUUUAUGGAGAUCAGGCAAAAGGCGGACGUGGUGUUUCACCCUGAGAAUCAUACGGUCAGCUACUUAUAUCAACGGUGGUGGUUCUUCGAACCUGAACUGACCAACGGUUCUUUGAAUGACUCCAUCACGCAACUAAACGCUGUCGCAAUAUCAGCAAAACACAAAGUCCGUUACUGGGACGGCGCGCUGCAAAGUACUUUAUCGUUCAUGUUGACGGCGUCGAAAGUACACACCACCAAGACUGUGAACGAACUCUUGUUCGCCGGCUACGACGACUCUCUCAUCAAGCUGGGAAGAAUGGCAGCCUUGGGGGAUGAAAUACCACCUUUUGAUAAAUUCGGUUGGUUCUACAUGAGGAACGGUUCCACGAUGUUCGAUGGCCACUACAACAUGGACACUGGGGUUCACGACAUCAGUGAGUUCGGAGUCCUGAAAAAGUGGAACCACAAGGAUACAACGAAAUUCUUCAAGAGCCCGUGUAAUCUGGUAGAAGGGAGCGCCGGCGAAUUCUGGCCACCUUAUCGUCAGAAAGACGAAAUCUCCCUGUUCAGCGGCGACUUGUGCAGACCAUUAACAUUCGACUACGCGCAGACGACUUAUCACAUGGGCAUGGAGGGUUAUCAGUACGUGUUGAGUGAGAAAACAUUGGGAAACAACACUAGAAGACGUUACCCUCAUGAUCAGGCUAAAUACUUUGAGCAAACCACAACCACCGAGGAUUUCUUCGAAGUUGAACACUCAGCGGAAAUUACGGAUCCUCCUGAACAGGAUCCGGAUGUUGUUAAUAUAGGAAAUUGUUUUUGCAAUGGAAGAUGCACCCCUGCAGGACUGAUGAACGUCAGUGCGUGUCGAUAUGGGGCACCCGUAUUUGCCAGCUUGCCGCACUUCAACAGGGCUGAUCCUAGUCUCACGGAACGAGUCACUGGAAUCGAUCCGCAAGAUGAUCAUGAUUUUUAUAUCAUCCUCGAACCGGCAACUGGAAUUCCCCUAAAAGUGUCUGCCAAAUUGCAGAUCAACAUUUUGCUGGAACCAUCAAAAACAGUGUCACUUUUCAGAUCUGUACCGACGAUAUAUUUCCCAGUAAUGUGGUUCUCACUGGAAGUGGAAGCCACACAGAAGUUUAUCGAUGACUUGAAGAAGCUUCUGUCGCUUCCUAAUGUUUGCAUAUACGCAGGGAUAAUUUUGAUUCUCGUUGGAUCCCUGAUUAUUUUCACCGUAGCACUCCUGUACUUGUUAAACAGGCAACGCGCGAACUCGCUGGCCAGUGACAAGAUUACCAAGCCGGAAGUGAUAGCUUCUGGAGAUAAAACAGAGCUGGUAUACUUAGACAACGGCAACAGCAACGAGGAUCAUCACGUGAGAAGCGAUCGUAAGCUGUAUCGAAGUGUACAGUCGAAACUACAUAAUGAAAAAUAGAUGAAGAAUCGAUGAAAAGUUAUAAUUCAAUGAUAGAAAGGACCUCUAUUUUCGUGAAUGAUUAGUUGAAUGAAUGACGAGAAUUCGUUGAUCUUCCCGACGAGGAUCAUAAACGAAACAAGAGUAAUAUGUUCUAAAUUAUAUACAUUUUUUUUUGUAACAGUUUUUGUACAUACCUAAAUUAAGGAAUUUGUAAUUUUCGUAAAGAUAAGAGUAUAUAUCAGCUGUUUUUUUUGAACAAGAAACAGCGCAAAGUGUGUUCAUGUUCACCUGAUGAACAACGCGUCGAUAUUGUGGAAAUGAUGGAAUCUUGAUCGUUGAUCGAGAACUUAUGUAAUUUCUUCAACAUGACUAUUUAGAUACAUUCCUUAUUUUUGUUUCUUUUAUUCGAAAGAAAUGUUCAAUCAAACGUAAGACUGACAAAAGCGAUAAAAGUUAGUUUGUGGAGAUUUAAUUUGAAUUGGUAUCGAUUAUAAUUUUAACAAUUGUUCGUUCGCGAUUCACAACGAGCUUUAAUAGAUUACUUUGAUGGGACCAAGAGAAAGUGCUCAAACGUAAGACAUUGUUUCGUGAUCGUUGCGAAUUAAAUGGUGUCGAAUAACGAAUCGCGUCAAUUCGAAGGUGUCUAAUUUACGUGGCCUACUAUCAACGGUUCCUUAGCCGUGUUGAUGAGUGUCGUACGAUAAAUGCUAACCUUAUCGUAGACAUGAAUUAUUCCUACAGAAAAUUACAUUUGUGCCAAAGUUGUAGUCGCGAUAAGACGUACACAGAUAGGUGUCCAAUUCCCGAUAGAGAGAUGACGUGACAUGUUUAUGCGAUUCGAUCGAGCGGAAUCUUAUGAUUGCGUAACUGUAAUCCCAUUUUCUGAUCAAGAUCGAAGAAGACGUACGUGGCCAGUGAUACUGGUUUUUGUAGAAUGGUGCGAUUUUAUAUUGUAUUUUAAUAAAAACUCUAAACUUUUA